CCAGAGUCUGCGCAAAACGAACACGUCUCGUGGUCGCGCUGCUUGUGCUGUCACGAGCCUUGUCCAAGGCUACCGAGUAGUGAAUUGACAUCAAUUAUUGACAACAUCGAAUUGCCUUCGUUUAGCCAUCGGACAUACGUCAUUAUUGGAAUAGAUACAUUGUGGAAAUACGAUGGUAUGCUGACUGAUCACGGUCAACUGGUGAUGUUUUCCAAGAUUUGAUAUAGCUAGCUAGCCAGCUAACGUUAGCUGUUUAGCUAGCUUGCGUGCGUGACUCACUGACAGAGUCAGAGAUCAGACUGAGUGGCAUUUUUUUGGCAUUGUGCUUUUUCUCUGAUAUCUGGAUAUAUAACGUUAAUAUAUUUAGCGGGUAGAUGUAGUUAGUUACAACUGCGUGUACUUAACCGUCAUCUGGUCGUGAACGAAGAGAAGGUUUGAAUGAAUUUGCUAGCCAGCGGAAACGUCGGCUAGUUAACACGGAUAUACUUGGAUUAACCAUACUGCUAGUUUGCUGAAUUGAUCAACGGCACUGUCAUCCAAACUAGCUAAUCUACAUUGCUAGCAAGCUAUUACAAACCUGCUAUCUUUGGUAAAACGCCAAGGAACAUAAACGUUUAAAAGUUGGUUAGCUGGCUAACUAGCUAGGAAACAAGCUAACACACCCUGCACUGUAACACCUAAACGCCAGCUGACGUUUGAUAGCUGACCAUCGACAAUUCAUUUUUUACGGGAAAGGCCGGAGUGAGGACAGAAACCAGCAAAAAUGCCGGCUGUGUCGAAGGGAGAUGGGAUGCGCGGAUUAGCGGUGUUCAUUUCGGACAUACGGAAUUGUAAGAGCAAGGAGGCAGAGAUCAAGCGGAUCAAUAAGGAGCUGGCCAACAUCCGCUCCAAGUUCAAGGGGGAUAAGGCACUGGACGGCUACAGUAAGAAGAAGUAUGUCUGCAAGCUGCUCUUCAUCUUCCUGCUGGGACAUGACAUUGACUUUGGACACAUGGAGGCUGUCAACCUGCUCAGCUCCAACAAGUACACAGAGAAACAGAUCGGCUACCUGUUCAUCUCGGUGCUGGUGAACAGCAACAGCGAGUUGAUCCGCCUCAUCAACAACGCCAUCAAGAACGACCUGUCUAGCCGCAACCCCACCUUCAUGUGCCUGGCCCUGCACUGCAUCGCCAACGUGGGCAGCCGCGAGAUGGCCGAGGCCUUCGCUGGAGAGAUACCACGCAUUCUGGUGGCCGGGGACACCAUGGACAGUGUGAAGCAGUCUGCUGCCCUGUGUCUUCUGCGUCUGUACAAGGCCUCCCCAGACCUGGUCCUGAUGGGGGAGUGGACCUCCCGGGUGGUGCACCUCCUCAACGACCAGCACAUGGGUGUUGUCACAGCAGCCAUCUCCCUCAUCACCUGUCUCAGCUCGAAGAACCCAGAUGAGUUCAAAACCUGUGUGUCCCUGGCUGUUUCUCGUCUGAGCAGGAUUGUGUCGUCAGCCUCCACUGACCUGCAGGACUACACCUACUACUUUGUCCCGGCCCCGUGGCUGUCCUGUAAACUGCUGCGCCUGCUGCAGUGCUACCCCCCGCCAGAGGAUGGCGCCGUGAAGGGCCGCCUGGUGGAGUGUCUGGAGACCAUCCUGAACAAGGCCCAGGAACCACCCAAGUCCAAAAAGGUGCAGCACUCCAACGCCAAGAACGCCAUCCUGUUCGAGGCUAUCUCACUCAUCAUCCACUACGACAGUGAGCCCAACCUGCUGGUGCGUGCCUGUAACCAGCUAGGUCAGUUCUUGCAGCACAGAGAGACCAAUCUGCGCUACCUGGCUCUGGAAAGCAUGUGUACCCUGGCCAGCUCGGAGUUCUCCCAUGAGGCAGUCAAGACGCACAUUGAGACCGUCAUCAACGCACUCAAGACUGAAAGGGAUGUGAGUGUUCGCCAGAGGGCUGCUGACCUGCUCUACGCCAUGUGUGACCGUAGCAACGCCAAGCAGAUAGUUGCCGAGAUGCUCAGCUACCUGGAGACAGCCGACUACUCCAUCAGAGAGGAGAUGGUGUUGAAGGUGGCCAUCCUGGCAGAAAAGUAUGCAGUGGACUACUCAUGGUAUGUUGACACCAUCCUUAACCUCAUCCGCAUUGCCGGGGACUACGUCAGUGAGGAGGUGUGGUACCGCGUCAUCCAGAUUGUCAUCAACCGCGAUGACGUGCAGGGCUACGCCGCCAAGACUGUCUUUGAGGCGCUGCAGGCCCCAGCCUGUCAUGAGAACAUGGUGAAGGUGGGGGGGUACAUCCUGGGAGAGUUUGGAAACCUCAUCGCCGGGGAUCCCCGCUCCAGCCCUCUGGUCCAGUUCAACCUGCUCCACUCAAAGUUCCACCUGUGUUCGGUGCCCACGCGCGCCCUGCUGCUCUCCGCCUACAUCAAGUUCAUCAACCUGUUCCCCGAGACCAAGGCCACGAUCCAGGAGGUGCUUCGCUCCGACAGCCAGAUCAGGAACUCAGACGUGGAGCUGCAGCAGAGGGCCGUGGAGUACCUCAAGCUCUCCUCCAUCGCCAGCACCGACGUCCUGGCCACUGUGCUGGAGGAGAUGCCUCCCUUCCCAGAGAGGGAGUCAUCCAUCUUGGCCAAGCUGAAGAAGAAGAAGGGUCCGGGUGCCGUGACGGUGGAGCUGGAGGACGGCAAGGAGAGAGGAGAGCUCAACGGUGGAGGGGACAGGGGGGGCGACGCUGCCAUCGCAGCCUCUAACGCUUCCACACCCUCCCCUUCAGCGGAUCUGCUUGGCCUUCGUUCAACCGCUCCUGUUAGUGGGACCACUCCCAGUGCAGGCAGCCUAUUGGUUGAUGUGUUUUCAGAGGCGGGGCCUUCUGCCACUUCUGCUGGCGUGAACGACGACGGCUUCCUGAGCGCUCUUCACGCUCCCGAGGCCUCUGACUCCCCAUUGGUGGAGGGUCCUGGUGACUCGGACUCUGCUCCCCCUACUGUGGCCUCUGAGGAUCCUGCCCCUCCUCUGCCCGAGUCAGACGAGCUUCUCAACAAAUUUGUGUGUAAGAACAACGGUGUGUUGUUUGAGAACCAGCUGCUUCAGAUCGGCAUCAAGUCUGAGUACCGCCAGAACCUGGGGAGGAUGUAUCUGUUCUAUGGCAAUAAAACCUCGGUGCAGUUUGUCAGCUUUAACACCACAGUCAGCUGUCCAGGGGAGCUGCAGUCUCAGCUCAACGUGCAGACCAAAACAGUGGAACCCCUAGUGGAGGGAGGAGCACAGGUGCAGCAAGUCAUCAAUAUCGAGUGUCUGACCGACUUCAUUGAUGCUCCGCUGCUCAACAUCAAGUUCAGGUAUGGGGGAGCCCUGCAGAAUAUCUCUCUCAAGCUGCCUGUCACCAUCAACAAGUUCUUCCAACCCACAGAGAUGGCAGCCGCAGACUUCUUCCAGCGCUGGAAACAACUCAGCCAGCCCCAGCAAGAAGCACAAAAGAUCUUCAAGGCCAGUCAUGGCAUGGACACAGAAGUGCUCAAGGCCAAGUUGCUGGGCCUGGGGACGGCCCUUUUGGAGAAUGUGGAUCCUAACCCAGAGAACUAUGUGUGUGCUGGAGUCAUCCAGACCAAGGCCCAACAGGUCGGCUGUUUGCUGAGACUGGAACCCAAUGCGCAGGCCCAGCCUGGCGAGCAGAUGUACCGGCUGACUCUGCGCAGCAGCAAGGACACUGUUUCCCAGCGCGUCUGUGACCUCCUGGCAGAACAGUUCUGAAUCCCUGAGUCUAGAACUCACCCAACGCGCUCCAGGCCAUCAUCACCACGCUCUAGACGCCCAACACACCGAGACCAGUGUUUCAACCCCCCCCCCCCCCCGAACAAA